AUGGCGGUGGUGGCGGCGAACCGCAGGGGCCCCGGGCGGCCCUGCCCUUUCUCCAUCGAGCACAUCCUCUCCAGCCUGCCAGAGCGGAGUACCCCGGCGGGGACAGCCCGCCCGCCGCCGCCGGCCCCAACGCCACCGCCGGCUCCCGGACGCCGCCAGCGUCCCACGGAGCCGGGGGAGCCCGAGGCACCAGACGCUGUGCCCUGCGCCUGCUGCUGCUGCUGCGGGCCCCGCGCCGUGCCCCGCAGGCCCGCGGAGGCGGCUCCCGGGUUAGGUGCGCGACUGCCGUGGCCGCUGAGGCUGGGUCCCGCGGCGCCCUUACCCUUGGCCGCGCCGCUCGGCGGCUCCGGGGCGCUAUCGGUGGCGGCAGGCCCCGGCCCGCAGCGGCGCACGCGUCGCCACCGUACCAUCUUCAGCGAGGAGCAGCUGCAGGCACUCGAGGCACUCUUCGUGCAGAACCAGUACCCCGACGUGGGCACGCGCGAGCGCCUGGCCGGCCGCAUCCGCCUGCGUGAGGAGCGCGUGGAGGUCUGGUUCAAGAACCGUAGAGCCAAGUGGCGCCACCAAAAGCGCGCGUCGGUGUCAGCGUCGGCGAGGCUUGGAGCCAAGAAACCCCCGAAGCAGAGCUGCUGA